AGGAAGGCAUCUGCUUGAGCCUUCAGUGUUGCCAGAUUGGGCCAGAUUUUCCGCCCCAUCUGGCAACCCUGACUGCAGCGUGCUGCCGACAGGUCUUGCCCAAUUUGGCAACAGUGUGUGCCGUUAUCUCCUCGGUGGCGCUAUCUCCGGAUUCUGUUGCAUACUGUGCCUGUCAAAAACUAUCUAUCGAUAUAAAAGACGACCGCAGCUGUAGGCCCACAGAGGAGAGCUAUAGCCAUGUCUUCCAGCUCUGCGAUGGCGCGCAUCCUGAUCAAAGGGGGCAAGGUGGUGAACGACGACUGCACGCAGGAGGCCGACGUGUACAUCGAGAACGGCGUGGUGCAGCAGGUGGGCCGCGAGCUGAUGAUCCCGGGGGGCGCCAAGGUGAUCGACGCGUCACGCAAGCUGGUGAUGCCCGGGGGCAUCGACACCAGCGUCCACCUGCAGGAGACCUUCAUGAAUGCCGCCACCGCCGACGACUACUACAGCGGCACCAAGGCGGCGCUGGCUGGCGGGACCACCAUGGUGAUCGGACACGUCCUCCCGGAGAGGAACGAGUCCCUGCUGGAAGCCUACGAGAGCUGCCGCAGCAUGGCCGACCCCAAGGCCUGCUGCGACUACGCCCUGCACGUGGGGGUCACCUGGUGGGGGCCCAAGGUGCAGGCUGAGAUGGAGAAGCUGGUGAGGGAGCACGGGGUCAACUCCUUCCAGCUCUUCAUGGCCUACAAGGACCAGUUCAUGCUGCGGGACGGCGAGCUCUUCCAGGCCCUGCAGCACUGCAAGGACAUCGGCGCCGUGGCCCGGGUCCACGCCGAGAACGGGGAGCUGGUGGCGGAGGGCACUAAGGAGACUCUGGAUCUGGGCAUCACCGGCCCUGAGGGCAUUGAGAUCAGCAGGCCUGAAGAGCUGGAGUCAGAAGCCACCCACAGGGCCAUCACCAUCGCAAAUAGAGUGCACUGCCCCAUCUACCUGGUCAAUGUCUCCAGCAUGUCCGCCGGGGAUGUUGUGGCAACAGCUAAGAUGCAGGGUAAGGUGGUCCACGGGGAGACCACUGUGGCCCACGCGGUGCUCAACGGCCUGCAGUACUACCACCAGGACUGGGCGCACGCUGCGGCGUACGUCACCGCGCCGCCCCUCCGCCUGGACCCCAACACACCCAACUACCUCAUGAGCCUGCUCGGAAACGACACGCUGAAUGUGGUGUCGUCAGACCACCGGCCGUUCACCAUCAACCAGAAGGCCAUGGGGAAGGACGACUUCACCAAGAUCCCCCAUGGGGUCCCGGGCAUCCAGGACCGCAUGAGCGUCCUCUGGGAGAGAGGAGUGGUCGGAGGUAAACUGGACGAGAACCAGUUUGUGGCGGUCACCAGCUCCAACGCUGCCAAGAUCUACAACCUCUACCCCCGGAAGGGGCGGAUCGUCCCGGGGGCCGAUGCCGACAUCGUGGUCUGGGAUCCGGAGGGCUCCAAGACCAUCACCGUGGAGACCCAGGUGCAGGGGGGAGACACCAACCUGUACGAAGGCCUGCGUUGCCAUGGCGUCCCCAUCGUCACAAUCAGCCGCGGCCGUCUGGUGUACGAGAACGGCGUGUUCACGUGCGCCGAGGGCUCCGGGAAGUUCUACCCACUGCGCACCUUCCCGGACUUCCUGUACAAGAAGAUGGUGCAGAGGGAGAAGUGCACGGCCCUGAAGCCGGUGGAGAGGGAGCCGUACACGGGGGAGGUGGUGGAGGUGGUGGUCCCAGGGAGGAGGGACUUUGGCUGCUCAGACCUGGACACCCCCACCCGGCCCUGCACCCGGCACGGCGGGGUCCGGGACCUCCACGGGUCCAGCUUCAGCUUCUCCGGUGCCCAGAUUGACGACAGCCUCCCCAAGAGGUCCUCCGCCCGUAUCCUGGCGCCUCCGGGCGGCCGCUCUAGUGGGAUCUGGUAACCGCGCACCAACGCACAGGAACAGGAGAACACCACCCCAGAGACGCACCACUUCCUCGUCCUUUCAAAAUAAAAGCAACAAUUCCUGGCAGGUUUCGUGGGGGGUGGGGGUGGGGGUGGGGUGGGGUGGGGGGGAUCGGGGCAUUAACAAGAUUAAGGUUUGCAUUUUGACUCGGGACGCCAGACUAACUUUUGUUUUCAUUUGUACACUGAAACACUGACUAUGCCAUAUAACCAUGUCAGCAAAAAGUGGGGAUUUUUUUGUUCUGCGCGGAUUAAGAACAGAACCGUUUUGAGUGUGAACGUUAACCAAAUGAAUGCAGGUUCCCAUGCCUGGAGUCGCCUGUAUCUUAUAACCCACUGAUAGUUUUUUGGGGAACGGGAGCGGGCGGGGGGAAUGAUUGCUUUUGCACUUGUAUCAUGUACUUCUUAGCUGCCUUUUUAGAAAAUAAUUUGUAAUGUGUUUAAAUGGGAAUUGUCGUUUGGGACUUCAGGAGUAAAAAAAGGGAUUUUCGAUUUUUGAAUAUUGUUAUAUGUUGUUAUAUGUUAAUGUUAUAAUGUCACCACUGAAAAUGAGACAUGGAGUUUCUACAGACCAAUUUAGUUUCAGUCGUAUGUCAAAUGCAAGACUGUUUAUUUAUUUAUUGUUUCUUCUAUUGUCUUCCGAAAGGUAUUUUUUUCCAAGUCGGUUUGUUGCCCUUGAAUGUGAUCACACGUUAUUUACGACAAACAGGGUGUGAGGUGUUUUGGAACGUGGUCGACACAGACAGGGCAGCGCUCUGAUGUAUGUUUACAACCUUCGUGGUAUUCUCCAAACUCACAAACAAACAACAAAACCUCUGCUCGGUCUACUGUGUGUUAUUGUAGCAAACCUUACUUCAACUGUCAUUACAAGUCAUGGGACACUCAACAUUCCCUGUUACUUCACCUUUUAUAUUUUCCACCACAAAGAAUCACACACACAUACACACACAAAAAUGCCUUUUCUCUCACGUGGGAACUCUCUGAGCAAUGCAACAAAUACUGUUAAUAGCACCGUCUAUAGCUACGGCUAAGAUCACCUUCACCUUCUCCUGAAAUGUUUAUUUACCUCUGUUUCCUUAUCGCCAGCGCUUUGUACAAAACUGUAUUUGUCUGUUACUGACGUUCCAAAGCACAGGUUUUCCCCUUCUGACUGCACAUACUCUCACACGCACACACCCACACACACACACCCACACACACACACACACACACACACACACACACACACAAACACACAAACACACAUACUCUCACUCUCACACACACACGCACACACAAAUUCACACAAACACACACACGCACACACAACCACUCAAGAUUGUUUCCAGUAAUGUUACUUGUGGGGACCUUGAGAUGGACACCAUUGUUUUAAACACUCAACUUCAAAGCAGAUUUUCUGGGGACCUCGAAGUGGUCCUUAGGUUUAAAGCGACCUCGUUGGGACCUUCAAAUGGACCCCAUUCUGUCAAGCACUCCAACUUGAGAGCAGAUUUUUGGCGACGUUGAAGCGGUCCCCAAAAUAAUUACUGUUUCAUAAUCUUAAGCACUCAGUUUUAAGAAGACCAAGUCAUUGUUUAUGGAUGAUGGCUGGAUUGCACAUAACACUAGAAGAAAAAAAAAAGCUAUGCUUGAUAAGCAACUCGGGAAAGAAAAGGCACUGAUUCUCAGCUACUGUCUUUACAUUGUUGGGGGGGGGGUUAAGUUACAGAUUUAUUGAAUAUUAUGAUACAUGAUGUUUUUUUAUUAUGAUAUUGUCAAAACGUCAGUGUUGGCUCCUGUUGGCUUUUCUGCAUUCUUAAGCUGAAUUUACACCUCUCUUGACCUCACGUUCGCAACGAUUGGCGUCAGGAUUCAGAAACAGGACGGGGACAUCUGCAGAGUCGCCAGCGUUUACACUUCCAGGUCCCCUUAACGUGUACUUGAGGGUCUAGCAUGAACCCCAAAAAAAAAACAGGGACCAGCGGGCAACUUAUUCUAUGGUCUUUUAUUUGUUGACCCAUGCAGUUGUAGCUAUGAGUUUGCGACCAACAUCUGCCGGUGGUCAUAGCGAUGUCCCGGUGAGUGUUAUCGCAUUGCUCUACUACACACUGAGUGAUUAAUAGUAGUUUGCUCAUGGAUGUGAAUCAUUAGGCUGUCAGUUCUUAUAUACAGAACGUCUUUGAGACCUUAAAAAAUAAAUAAAGUCUUUGCUAAAAUGGGUAUUCAAAUAUCUAUAUGUAAUGUCAGCAACUCCUGCGACCCCAUAUUCAUAUCAGGGGACCCGAGUGGGGUCCCGACCCCAAGGUUGGGAACCACUGGGCUAUAGCCUACACUAGGAGGUUUAAACGUGACAUACUGUUAACCUCUAAACACAGUUUGGUCGAUUUCUAAAGUUUAAAACAGCUUUUUAUUACUAAGCUAUUACAGGUUUUACUUUUACAAUUCUGUUUGAGCAUUCCAUUCAAUACUUUAAUUUGUACACUGGUGCUGAACAAGUUGUAUUAUGUUACGUAAUUAUAUUGUUUUAUCGUUUGUCUGCAGCUCUCUGUCACAUGAAUAAGUGCAAAUAAAUCACAAUGAAAUCCCGA